ACUAUAUAAACAAAGUUUCUCUUGGAAGUUAAACAAGACACAGAGAGUUACAUUGAUACCAAUAUUGAACACUUGAUGUCGCUUCUUCCUACUUUCCCAGCCAACCAGUCACAAGUGAUUGUUUAAAUAUUGUUUAAAUAUAAAAAUGGCUGGUCGCAUGCUGUAUUCUUUGAUUAUCUAAUGUUGAUAUUUAAACUGGAUUGGAAACUUCCGUUCUAAAACAAGGUUUACUCAGUCAUGAUGAAUACUCUUUAUAUCACAGCUAUUUCAAGUGGAUUUUUGCUUCUUCUAAAGCUAGUAAAUGGAAAAGACUCCGUUUGGACAGAAUGGUGGUGGACUUAUGAUGGUAUUUCAGGGCCAGAUUGGUGGGGUUCACGAUGGCCAAUAUGCGACAAAGGAAAAUAUCAAUCUCCGAUAGAUAUCAAACCUGAAAGGCUGUUGUUUGAUCCAAAAUUGUCUGGAAUCAUGUUUUCUAGUGAUAAAAAGGUAAAUGGAAAUCUAACCAAUACAGGGAAUGAUGUAACACUAUUUGUGGAAGAGGUACUCAUUCCUCACCUCAAUGUAACAUCAGGUCCACUUCAGUAUAACUAUCACUUGCACCAGAUGAAGCUUCAUUUUGGACAUGACGAAACUAGUGGAUCCGAACAUACCAUUAAUGGUCUUUCAUUUCCAGCAGAGUUGCAGAUAAUCGCAUUUAACGCUGAUUUAUAUCUAAAUUACUCACACGCAUUGUCUUCCCCGAACGGUUUGGCUGCGUUUUCAAUUUUUCUUGAGGUGGGAGAAAAACCAAACGAAGCGUUCACAAUGAUCACUGAUGCCUUAAAGCAUAUUCCGUCAAAAG